UUGUCUCUCUCUUCCCUUCACAGUAACGUUCCUAAUUUCCCCAUUUUCCUCUCUCUCUCUCUCUCUCUAUCUAUCGUAGCUCCCAAGUCCCAACAAACACUCACUGCACCCAAGAAAGCAUAGAGUAGUAGAUUCAAAGGAAGUACAAAUCCAAACCCCCCCUUACACUAAAGCAACCAAAAAAAAAAAAAGACAAAUCGUUAAACUUGUCCUUCUUCUUCUUAAUAAUUCCCUAGAUCUCUUUAAUUUAUUUUGCUUUCCACUGAGGGAGUUGAGGUAAAGAGUGUUGAGCUAGGGAAAAACAAGAAGUAGAAGAAUCUUUUAUAUUUGGGUUUUAAUAAUUGCAGCAUUUAUGGAAAAAAGCACUCCAGUUAGGAAAUCACACACUAACACUGCAGAUCUGCUCACUUGGUCCGAAAAUCCACCCGAAAAUUCUCCGGUCAUCGGUUCUGCUGCCCGUUCUCGCCAGCCGUCGGAUGGGAUCCAAAAGGUGGUAUUUGGAGGUCAAGUGACAGAUGAAGAAGUUGAGAGCUUGAACAAGAGGAAGCCAUGUUCAGGUUAUAAACUAAAGGAGAUGACAGGUAGCGGUAUUUUUGUAUCUGAUGGAGAAAAUGGCAAUUUAGAAUCUGACAGUGCUAAUCCCAUCCCAAAUAGAAGGAUGUAUCAGCAAGCUGUAGCUGGUAUUAGUCAAAUUUCAUUUGGUGACGAAGACUCUGUUUCUCCAAAAAAGCCAGUCACCAUCCCUGAAGUGGCAAAGCAGAGGGAACUGAGUGGAACUCUAGAAAGCGAGUCUGAGAUGAAGCUGAAGAAACAACUUUCUGAUGCAAAGACCAAGGAGCUUGUUGGACAUGACAUCUUUGCUCCCCCACCUGAAAUUCAACCUCGUCCAUCUACUGCUCGUGCGUUAGCUUUAAGAGAAAGCAUUACCAUUGGAGAACCUGCACCAACUAAUGGUGAUAUGCCUGGUGAUGAAGUGGUCAAGACGGCCAAGAAGAUUCCUGAGAAGAAACUCGCGGAGCUCACCGGAAAUGACAUUUUCAAGGGCGAUAAUCCUCCAGCAUCAGCUGAGAAGCAUCUGAGUUCAGCAAAGUUGCGAGAAAUGAGUGGAAGUAAUAUAUUCGCGGAUGGGAAAGCAGAAUCCCGGGACUUCUAUGGCGGGGUUCGCAAGCCUCCAGGUGGUGAGAGCAGCAUUGCAUUGGUGUAACUUGCUAGGUCUAACUGAAUUUACAUCCUUAAUUGUGUUUCCUUUUUUAUCAAUUAUUUGUAGUUGGGGUUUGGCUUCUGAUGUGAUUUGACCAGUGUUCUGGAAUUUAUGUCCUAGGAUGAUCUUAUUUGACAUGUCGACCAGAACUAAGAACUUUUGGCUAAUUGGGUUGUUAUGUUCAUAAAUCUGUGUUUCUGGUGGACUUUGUUUUUGUGAAGAUAUGUCAUCUGAGUUCAAUUAAUUAAUUAAAAUAUUUGUGUCA